AUGUCACAAUUGUCACAAUCCAAACGCGUGUUCUUGAACACCUCGUUUCUCUUGUUGUUUUCUGUUUUUCUUCUUGUUCACUUCCAAUCCUCUGACCAUGUUUUUCUCAAAAGCAAAACCAACAACCUCAAUAAAAACAAAAACUUUGUCUCUGGGACCAACGCUGAUCAGAAUUGUGAGAGUUUCCAUAGCUUAUCUGAUUAUAAAGCUAAAUGCUUUUACCUUAAAUCAAACGACCCAUGUGUCUCUCAAGGCUAUAUCGAUUAUCUUUACCUUUUCUAUUGCGAAUUCGGUGGAUUCCCUUUACUGGGUCACACUCUUUUGUUCCUUUGGUUAUUGGUCAUGUUCUACCUUCUAGCGAACACAGCUUCUGAAUACUUUUGUCCUUCUCUUGAAAGCCUCUCCAAGCUUUUGAGGCUGUCACCAACUAUUGCUGGUGUGACUCUUCUCUCUUUUGGUAGUGGUGCUAAUGAUGUUUUUUCCACACUUGUGUCUUUCAAGAGUAAUGGAACACAGGAUAUUGGAUUCAACGCUGUUCUUGGCGGUGCUUCGUUUAUUUCAUGUGUUGUGGUCGGAGUUGUGAGCAUUUCUGUUAGACAUAAACAGAUUCAUGUUCAGAAAUCUGCUUUGAUAAGAGAUAUUUGUUUUCUUCUGUUUGUUAUUGUUUGCUUGCUCACUAUCUUCAUCAUUGGUGAAAUUAACCUUGUUGUGGGAAUUGGGUUUUGUUUCAUGUAUGUUGUGUAUGUGGUUAUUGUUUAUGUCACAAGUAAAGGAAAAGAUGUUUGUGAAGAAGAAGAUGGUGAACAUGAAAGUGAUUCCAGACAUGGCAAAGGUAAUGAUUUAGGUCUUCCUCUACUUGGUUUUAUGGAGAAGGGAAUGAUUAGUGAAGAGUUUAAAAUUGAGAAGAAUUGUUGCUAUGAAAAAUCUUCAAUCUUUAGGAUUUUACUUUAUGUUUUGGAUAUGCCUCUUUACUUGCCAAGGAGAUUAACAAUUCCGGUUGUUUGUGAAGAGAAAUGGUCUAAACUAUAUGCAGUUUCUACAACUAUAUUAGCACCACUUUUAUUAUCUUUCCUUUGGAAAAACAAUUUCUCAAGCUCAUCAAGCCUAAUGGUGUACGGAAUCGGAUUAUCGGUCGGAGUCACAUUAGGACUGACCGCGAUUUUCACGACAGAGUCGUCGAAUCCGCCGAAAAAGUACUUGUUACCAUGGCUAGCUGCAGGGUUUGUGAUGAGCGUGACAUGGAGUUACAUUUCAGCUCAAGAGUUGGUCGGAUUGUUAGUCUCAAUUGGUUACAUAUGCGGAGUUAGUCCUUCAAUACUUGGAUUAACAGUACUUGCUUGGGGGAAUUCAGUUGGUGAUUUAGUAACAAAUUUAACAAUGGCUUUAAAUGGUGGAUCAGAUGGAACACAGACAGCAAUUUCAGGUUGUUAUGCUGGUCCUAUAUUUAACACAGUUGUUGGAUUGGGAUUGUCUCUUGUGUCAUCAACAUGGCGUGAGUAUCCUUCAUCUGUUGUGAUUCCUAGAGAUCCUUACUUGUGGGAAACAUUGGGAUUUUUGGUGGUUGGAUUGAUUUGGGCACUUGUUGUUUUGGUUAGAAAAGAUAUGAAGCUUAAUGCAAUGUUGGGUGGAGGGCUUUUGGCUAUUUACUUUAGUUCUGUUAUUCUUAGGCUUAUACAAACACUUGGGCCUCUUCAAUUUAAGGAUAUGUUAUAG